AAAUUAAAGCGUGAUUUGUCCAUGGAUGAAAGAAAAUAGAGAGAAUUGGGAAGGGAGCGUGUUUCAGUGAAUUAGGUCUUCUUCUUCACUUCACACCCAUUUUCCUCAAUCCAACCAACUCACCAUGACAGACUAUGUGCAGGAACAGGAAAUGGAGAUUGAAGCACUAGAAGCUAUACUUAUGGAUGAAUUCAAAGAAAUACACUCUGGUGAAAGUGGGUUAAGCACUUCCAAUAGGUGCUUCCAGAUUAAGGUCACUGCUCAGGAGGAAGAGGAGGAUGGGUCAAUUACUAAUCCAGCUCAACUGGCUUUGAUCUUCGCUCACACAGAAAAGUAUCCUGACGAACCUCCACUUUUAAACGUGAGCAGUUUGCAAGGAAUACCGUCUGAAGAUUUAAAGAUUUUGAAAGAAAAACUUCAACAAGAGGCAUCCGAAAAUCUUGGCAUGGCUAUGAUCUACACACUCGUUUCCUCAGCUAAAGAGUGGUUGGCUGAGCGGUUUGGCGAGGACCCAGAUGGUGCGAUUGCUGAAGCAGAGGAGGCAGCCAAAGAAGAUAUAGUGAUACCCCAUGGAGAACCAGUUACUGUUGAAACAUUUUUGGCAUGGAGGGAAAGGUUUGAAGCUGAACUAGCACUUGAACGAGCCAAGCUAAUGCCAGAGUCCGUGCUUGCUACUCCGAAGGAAAAGAAACUUAGUGGUAGACAGUGGUUUGAAACCGGAAGGAUGAAAGGUGCUGCUGUUGUCACCGAGGAAUUGGAUGAGGAGGAUGAAGAAGAUAUUGACUUUGACGAUGACGAGGAUUUUGAAGCAGAUGAUGAAGAGGAUAUGCUUGAGCAUUAUCUAGCUGAAAAGUCUGACUCAUCCAUGCAAGCGAGCUAAAUUACAUGUGUAGUUUUUUUCUAAGACGUGGUUUUCUGGCUUUGAGGGAGUUUCCAUCACGUGGGGAUUUGUUUUUGUUAUCAUUAAGGAAAGAGUAUUUAGCCGAUGUUCUUGGAGUGACAAUGUAUUGACGAACAUUUUUGUUGUAGUUAUUGGCUAUAAAACAUAGGAACACAAUAACUAAUGGAUGUACAAACUAUUGAAAUGGAUGUACAAACUAUUGAACUAAAUUUAAAGUGAGAGAAAUUAAACUA